AUGUCAACUGAGGACUGGGUCACGGUCACAAGAUAUAUGGAGAUAUUAAAACCGUUGAUGCUGGUCACAAAGAAACUCGAAGGGUAUCCACGGCAGGGCCGCAACGGCCUUAUGUGGGAGGUGUUGCCUUGCUAUGAGUUUCUCUUGAAUCAUCUGGAGCGCCUAAUGGAGCAAUAU